AUGACAGCAAAAGAUCUUACUGAGCCGUAUAAAAAGGGGCUAAUCUUCAUGGCAUGCUGUCGGGAAGACAUAGGGACUCCAUUGGAGAACACUCCGCGGCCUGUUAGAAUCUAUGAUAGCCGCGAAGACCCCACAGCUCGCGGGAGCUACGAGUAUUAUGUUUAUUUUGGAGGGUACAACGCCCGCUUGGCGGAUUGGUACCCGUCAUCGGCCUUACGAAGCAUUACAGAUGAAGAAAGGCAAUUAUACGCAAAAGAAAUAUGGUUUUUUAGCCAGGCAGACAAGGAAUUUCUGCCCAGGAAUAUAGAUAAAGUGGUGAUCUCUCAGUACGUGAUGUGUCCGUGGUACUUCUCGCCACUCCCCGAGGAGUUUUUUGCCUCCAGAACUGUCUACAUCUGCGAGUAUUGCUUCACCAUGUUGACCACUGAGCGGAUCUACAAGCGCCAUGUGGCCCGGUGCACCUGUAGAUCACCACCUGGUGACCUCAUAUAUAGAGAUGACGAAGUCUGCUUCUUUGAAAUCAACGGCAGUGAGCAUACUAACUAUUGCCGUAAUAUAUGCCUAGUUGCGCGGCUUUUCCUGCAGCAUAAAACAUUGGUGGCAGACGUAGAUGUCUUCCUCUUUUAUGUUAUGUUUGCAAAAACCAACAACAAAAAGGCUAAUAACCAACAACUAUCGGCAGCCCAGAAGGCUUCCGAUGAACAAGAACAAAGAGCUCACUGCGAGCCUGAAAUAAAGCGGAUACCCGAUUGGCAACAGACGGGACCGGGUGAUCAGGACGAUGACUCAUACCAUUUUGUAGGAUUUUUCUCCAAAGAGAAACAGCAAGAAAAUAGUCUCAGCUGCAUUGUUGCACUUCCAUGCUUUCAGAAGAAAGGAUAUGGAAAUAUGAUGAUAAACUUUUCGUACAUGCUCAGUAGCCGUGAAUGUAGACUCGGAGGACCUGAGAUGCCCCUGUCGGACCUUGGCCUCAUGUCCUACUUAAGUUAUUGGAAGCGCCGAAUUUGCGAAGUGCUGGUUCGCAACACCACUUCAGAAAUCAGCCUUUUCGAGAUUAGUAAGCAAACAAUGAUCAGCUACCGCAAUCUAAUCAUGGCAAUGAAUAAGUACGGGCUUCUGAAAGAAACACCGUCAAAUACCGCUAUUUACUUUGGAAACGAACUAGCAGAUGAGUUGCGCACGUGUUUAGAGAAGGAGGAAAAACGCGGAGUACACCGUCUUGAAGACAAGUACCUCCAUUGGGUCCCAUAUGUCAACAUGUGUUACGAGUACAAAUAG